GUUCCCAAAGCUACAGAAGAGCUGACCGCGCCUCUUCGCUCGAAAAAAAAAAGGUUUUGACUUUUUCUCUCUCAUUCUAGAUCUGUUACCGACCUUUCGCUUUUCUCGUGUUUUUUAUUUUGUGAUUCCGGAAUGGACUUCAGUCUCAAGAUGGGUUACAUAGGGCAUCAUGGCGUCGCAGCGCUCUACAGGCACAAGUACAGCGGCGUGGAUCACUCUCUCGUCUCUAGAUACAUAAUGCAGCCUUUUUGGACCCGAUUCGUUACCGUCUUCCCUCUCUGGAUGGCACCAAAUAUGAUUACACUUAUCGGUUUCGUGUUUCUAGUUUUAUCAGCACUCCUUGGAUAUUUUUAUUCACCUCGGUUAGAUACAGUUCCCCCAAGAUGGGUGCACUUAGCUCAUGGACUGCUCCUUUUCAUGUAUCAGACUUUUGAUGCUGUUGAUGGUAAGCAAGCACGGCGCACAAAUUCUACGAGUCCAUUAGGGGAACUCUUUGAUCAUGGUUGUGAUGCUCUUGGAUGUGCGUUCAUAUUCUUAGCUUUCGGAAGCACCGCAAUGACCGGGAGGACAACCUUUUGGUAUUGGGUAAUUGCAGCUAUUCCAUUUUAUUUCGCGACAUGGGAAUACUUUUUUACAAAAAUACUUAUCCUUCCUAUAGUAAAUGGUCCUACUGAAGGCCUCAUGCUGAUCUAUCUCUGUCAUUUUCUGACAUUUUUUGUGGGAUCGGAAUGGUGGGCUCAGGAUUUCAGGAAGUCGGUUCCCCUCUUGAGUUGGGUGCCUUUUUCUGGUGAACUCCCAUUCCAUGAUGCUGUUCUAUUCUUAAUGGCCAUCUUUGGUAUUCUGCCUACUAUUGCAUACAACAUUUGUAAUGUGCACAAGGUUGUUCAGGCUAGAAAAGGAAGCAUGCUGACGGCAUUGGCCAUGCUCCUUCCAUUUGGUGUUCUAUUGACGGGAGUUCUCAUAUGGUGUUAUUUGUCUCCUUCUGAUGUUAUGCGGAAUCACCCACAUUUGCUUGUAACUGGAGCUGGCUUUGCAUUUGGUUACCUUGUGGGAAGAAUGAUUUUGGCUCACCUGUGUGAUGAACACAAAGGCUUGAAGACUGGAAUGUGCAUGUCUUUACUGUAUCUUCCUCUUGCUAUCGCAAAUGCACUCACUGCUAGGCUUAAUGAUGGAGUUCCUCUCCUUGAUGAGCACCUAAUUCUGAUCCUGUUCUGCAUAUACACAGUGACACUCUACAUGCAUUUCGCUACCUCAGUCAUCCAUGAGAUCACCACUGCACUGGGCAUUUACUGCUUCAGGAUAACUAGGAAAGAAGCGUAAACAUCAUUGUUAGGUUUGCUGGUUUCUGUUGAUUUGAUGAUUGCCCCGCUCAAACCGGAAAGGGUGUCACAGUUUCAGGUGUGAAGUAACUUUCCUCAACUUGUUGGAUGAUGUAAACGAUGAUCACAAAUGAUCAGAAAUUUCUCUGCUUGGUUUGUUCUUCAUGCACAGCACUGAACUAAUGUUGAUUUUUUAGGAUAGUUAA